CCCCAGUAAGCCGCCACCUUCUAACAGGCUGAUUGUGUUUCUUCCUGGAUCCACAUUGUAGCCACGGAGCUCAAAGUUCCAAAAAGCAGUGGACCACAUCACUCACCUAUUAAUCUACUGCUGCAACAACAACAACAACAACAAAAUGUUCUGCAGGAAGGUUUGGCAGAGACUCGGUCCGGGGGUCCUAAGGUUCUUCACGCCAACAUUUAGCAAAGCUCCAGUACGACAUAUGGCCUUAGGAGUUCCUGGGGGCUCCACCAACAUGACUUAUUUUGUUCUGUGUGGAGGAGGCCUGACUGCUGCAGUUGUCUAUGCCUACAAGACUGUCAAUGGCGAUAUUGAGCGGUAUGAGGACAGAUUCGCCAACAUGGCCUCCACAGCAAAAGCUGAUGAAGAGGCUGCACCUGAAGUCAUCCCAGUCGAGCAGCAGGUGCUGGCUUCCGAAGCGGUCAAAGAGUCUGUUGCCACUCCUGCAGAGGGCGCUGUUGAGCCUGUUGAUGAGAGUGCAGCACCUGAAGUAGAUGCUGGUGAGGUUUCAGAGGUCCUCUCCAUUGAGGAGGAAGAGGCUGCUGCAGAAGAGACUGUUGCUUUGGAGGAAGUAGUUGAAGAUAUACUCGUCACAGAUGAGGUGGAGACCCCAACAGAGGCGCCUUCAGCUGAGAGUGCGGAGUCUGUGCCAGAUCUUCGUACAGCCGUAACAAUUCUCGCUGGCUCUUCAGUUGAAAUUGCAGCAGCUUCUGUCGGGGAAUCCAGUUUGGUUAGAGCUGUCCGGCAGAUAGAAGAAGAUAGACCAGGACUGGAGUCUGUGCUGGAAGUGUUAGAGCCUGUAGUCCUUGAGGUAACUAAAGAACACACCCAGGAGUCAGCUGUGGCCACGAAGGAGGAAGAGCCGGUGCCUGCAGAAGGGAUUACUGGUGAAGAAAAUGCUGGUACAGAAGAUAGAGUGGCUGUAGAAGAGAUAGAGGAAGCUUCUUACCCAGCUGCUGAAGAAAAGGAGGUUGUACCUUUUUCGGAAGCAGCGGAGAACAUGGGACGGAAUUAUGCUGGGGAUCAGACUCUUCAAUAUGAUCUAAAGGAGAUCAUCACCCAUGAAGACACAAGUAUCACUCCUGCAGAUCCGGUGGAUGACUAUGAGAUGCCUGUGGAAGAGACUGCAGUAGAGGACACGAUCGGUGCCGCUGAAGAAAAAGGUGCUCCAGAAACUGAGGUGCUUUCAGUCUCUGAACCAGUACCUACACCAGAGUCUAACUGCCACUACGAUCCCCCGGAAAAAGUAAUGCAUACUGUUGGUUUGCAGUCAGAAAACAUUGAGGAAGGUGAAAAUAAGACAAAUGAAAGCAGGGAGGAAGUUGAAGAUAAGACGACUGAAAGCAAGGAGGAAGGUGAAGAUAUGACGACUGGAAGCACGGAGGAAGGUGAAGAUAAGAUGACUGAAAGCACGGAGGAAGGUGAAGAUAUGAUGACUGAGAGCAGGAAGGAAGGUGAAGAUAAAACAACUGAAAGCAGGGAUGAAGGUGAAGAUAAGACGACUGAAAGUACGGAGGAAGGUGAAGAUAAGACAACUGAAAGCAGGGAUGAAGGUGAAGAUAAGACUACUGAAAGUGCGGAGGAAGGUGAAGAUAAGACAACUGAAAGCAGGGAUGAAGGUGAAGAUAAGACUACUGAAAGUGCGGAGGAAGGUGAAGAUAAGACAACUGAAAGCAGGGAUGAAGGUGAAGAUAAGACGACUGAAAGUGCAGAGGAAGGUGAAGAUAAGACGACUGAAAGUGCAGAGGAAGGUGAAGAUAAGACAACUGAAAGCAGGGAUGAAGGUGAAGAUAAGACAACUGAAAGCGCGGAGGAAGGUGAAGGUAAGACGAUUGAAAGCACGGAGGAAGGUGAAGAUAAGACAAAUGAAAGCAGGGAUGAAGGUGAAGAUAAGACAAAUGGAAGCAGGGAGGAAGGUGAAGAUAAGACUGAAACCUGGGAGGAAAGUGAAGAUAAGACAACAGAAACCAAGGACAAAAGUGAAGAGAAGGCUGAAACCAGGGAAGAAGAUGAAGAUAAGACUGACAGCAGUGAGGAAAGGUAAAGAUAAGACGACUGAAAGCAGUCAGGAAGUCAUCUGUGGAAGUUUAAUGUGAGAAAAUGCUUUUGUACAGUCACUUUUGGAACACCUACUUUUUUCCACCACCGACUGUAUUCUAGUUUUGGGUUUUUUACCAUGUUAACAAGUUAACUUGGUUUUACCACAUUUUGCAGAAAGGACAUUGGCUGUGUCUCAAAGGGACUACUUAUGUCAGUAGGCCUGCAAUUUAAUAAGUACAGUAGAACCUCAACUUACCAGCAGAUUGUGUUUCACGACCAAGCUCAUAACUCAGAACACUCAUAUCUUAAAGCAUCCCCACCUAUUUAAUUAAUCCAUCCAUACAUCCAUUUUUCUACCGCUUGUCCCUUCCGAGGUUGCGGGGCGUGUCGCCACAUAAUCACAUGACCAACCCAGAUAGACAGACAACAUUCACACUAACAUUCACACACUAUGGGCAAUUUUUGUGUUGCCAAUCAACCUACACCCAGAUGCAUGUUUUUGGCGAUGGGAGGAAGCUGGAGUACCCAGAGGGAACCCACGCAGUCACGGGGAGAAAAUGCAAACUCCACACAGAAAGAUCCCGAGCCCAGGAUUGAAUCCAGGACAACUCAGGACCUUCGUAUUGUGAGGCACAUGCACUAACCCCUGUUCCACCGUGCUGCCCCAUUAAUUCAAAUCAAUUUGUUCUGAUUGCGGUCUUCCAGUCUCAUUAAAUCCAACAUGUACUGCAAUCGAAGUUACCAAAGAGGGAAGUCUGAUCAGUAAGGCUGAGAUAGCGAAUAAUCACGUUGAAAAAGAGGAUUUUUCUCAUUAUGCUUGCAAACUCUCACAAUCAGUGUUGUAGUGGAGAAUAGCGCACACUUAUCAGGCAAUUUGCAGGGAGAGUUAGACCCAGAACUUCUUCAAAAAUGCACAUUAAGGAGAGCCACAGGUAGAGGAGCACGCCUCAGCAGGAGGAGGACAGUGGCUGGAAGGGUGUGGAAGCGGAAACGCUGCUGAAGGUUUGGUUUCCAAUGGUUGGAUGACAAAGUUAUUUCUAUCUCUAGCUUUGAGCUGGCAUUUUGAAAGAGAAGUAUGUUCGUAAUUUGCCGAGACACCUCGUAUCUCAAAAUACUGGUAAGUUAAGGUACUCACAAGUUAAAGUACCACUGUAGUACUUUUAGUAAAUGUACUGCUGUCCCAUAUCUGUUACUGUUGUUGCCCACUUACCGAUCACAUUAAUUACCUUCUCCUCUACAUUCACUACUUUCCAUCAUUAUGAGUUGCUCGUCAGGCACCAUUCCUUCAAGUUAGUCCUUUCCCUUCAACUAUGUAGCCAUGAGCUGAAUCUCAAUUGGAGGAGCACUGGCUUACUCACAUUUAGUGUGUUGAAACCGUCAAGUACCGUAUUUUCUGGACCAUUGGGCGCACUGGAUUAUAAGGGGCAUUAAAGGGGUCAUGUUAUGUUUUGUUUUUUUUCUACGUCGAAAACAUUUCCUUGUGGUCUACAUAACAUGUAAUGGUGGUUCCUUGGUCAAAAUGUUGUAUAGAUCAUGUUUUACAGACCAUCUUCAAGCCGCUAUCUGACUAUCUCUUCGGCGUGCAACGACGGGACUGGAAGAAGUGUCAAAAGAUGGAGCUAACUGUUUUAAUGACAUUCAGACUUUACUUAAACCAAUAACAGAGCAGCAUCUCCUCAUUCGUGGCUCACUAGUGCAACAUCAACACCGGAAAAGUGUGGCGUGAAAAACCGUCCGACUGAAAUCCUCUAAUAACUAAGGUUCCGUGGAUGAAUUAUGUAAACCCACUACAGUUUUUAGCGCUUUGAUAGCUAGUCUACUGACAGAUUUAAGUUACAACUUUAAACUACUUUAUAUUAGAAAUGGCAACAGCGGAAUACGAAUGCCACAUAAGGAAGAGAAAGGUAGAGAAAAAGAAAAAGCUUAUCAACUACGGCGUUGGUACUGACUACAAUGGCGGAUGCGCGCACAUAUUCAGUACUUAUGCAGAUCCCUAAUACAGAUCAGCAGGUACCAGAAGGAAUGAAAAGUUUGUUUUGCAUAGUAUUGCGAAACAAAACGGCAGAUAAUGUCUGCUAAUAGGUGUCAUUUUGCGGUCCUUAUACACACACCGUGAUUAUACUGGUAUGUUUAAUGCACCGGUAAUCCAUCAAGCGGUGCGAAUUCACAGUUUACCAAAGUCGUACUAAAACAUUUUGACAUAUUUUUGAGCGCCGUGUGUAAUUUUCUAUAUCCUCCAUGGAACAUUUAAAGUUUUGGUGUCGUUUACUGGCAUAUCUCUCAUGUGUGACUGCCAUCUACUAGCCACACUUAUCAUUAUACCUUGUACCAAAUAAAAUAGCUUUGAGGUCGGUAAGAACAACCAGAAUACUUCUGUAGAUUAGGCGCAUCGGGUUAUAAGGCGCACUGUCGAUUUUGGAGAAAAUGAAAAGAUUUUAAGUGCGCCUUAUAGUCCGAAAAAUACGGUACUGAAGUGAAGAAAAAAAGAUAGUAAAUAUUGACAUCCUAAUUUCCAGUAAUGCACAACAGUAAUGGAUUGCAUUGUCAAUAUUCACACGAUCAUGAACUAAGUACACAGAGUACACAGUCUACUUACUUGAAGUAUUCCAUUUGAGACGCAGACACUGCCAUUUUGCCAAUAUUAUUUGACUAAAAUAUGUAUUUUUUUAAUGGUUUAAACAUGUGAUCGAUUUUGAAUUACAGCAUGUUAGAAAUAAAAAAUGUAAAAAAUCAUUAGCAUAACCAAAAUGUGAAAUAAAAGGAAUAUCUGCAAUUAAUACAAAUAUCUCAAAUAAGUAAGAAGUGAAUAUAUGUUGUGUUUUAGGUUCAAAUAUACAAACAUCUGUUGUUAACUGACAGUUGAGGAUGUUACAUUAGGUGGUAGAAGCAUUGAAACAAGCUAAUUAAAUGUUUACGCUGACACUUAACACAAUUAUUUCGAUGACUUUGUUUAUCAGACUACUUUGGAACCUUAUUGAUGUAUAAAAAUAAAGUACCAAAAUAAAGACAACGUAUUGCUCAGGCAUUCGCAUAUCAUUUAUAUGUUUAUUCGUGUCUGACUUUGUUUGUGCAUAUACAUAAACAUGCAGUUCUUUCUACAAAAAAGUUUGAUUUGAUUAAUGGAAAUACAUAAAUGCAUCACAUCAAUGGUCAUUUUAAAAUAAUUAAUAAUAUUUUUUUUCUUUAAAAACUGUAAAUGCCGUAUAAAAAAUAAAAUAUAUUACACAUAUUACGGAUAAAUAAUAUCGAAAUGUAUGACUUAAAAAAAUUAAAAAAUACAAACAACCCCUGAAGGGACAAGCAGUAGAAAAUGGAUGAAUGGAAGGACAAAUGUAUAUGGUAUGAUUUAUUAUUUUUGCAAUUAUUUAUAAAUUAAAAAAAUACAAAUAAUUUUUGGGUAAAUAUUUAAUUAUACAGAGGCAUUUUUCCAUUGAGGGCGGCAGACUUUGAUGUUAUUCAUUGUUUUAUAUUUCUUUUUUAAAAACACUGUAAGGUGUAACAACAAUAUAAGACGAUGAACAAUAUCAACGUAAAAAUAUCCAUCCAUCAAUUUUCUACCGCUUGUCCCAUUCGGGGUUGUGGGGGGUGCUGGAGUCGCCACCUCAUCACAGGGCCAACACAGAUAGUUGGAGAACUUUAACACUCACAUUCACACGUUUGGACCAAUUUAAGUGUUGGCAAUUCCAAUUUCUGGUAUUGAAUAAAUACAGUAGAUCCCUGCUUUUUUCACAAGUUAUACACUUUUACACACAUUUUGUCAAAGCCUCCUGCUGGCGAGUGAAUUCACUUGUGAAGCUGUAGAUCAGCGAUAGAUCAGGGGAUUCGGCCCACCAGCAUCCAAUAUCUGGCCCGCGGGAAGUCCCAAGUGAAAGAAAAAAAACCCAAAUAUAAAUAUAUAUAUAUAUAUAUAUAUAUAUAUAUAGUGGGGCAAGAAAGUAUUUAGUCAGCCACUUGUGCAAGUUCUUCCACUUAAAAUGAUGACAGAGGUCUGUAAUUUUCAUCAUAGGUACACUUCAACUGUGAGAGACAGAAUGUGAAAAAAAAUCCAGAAAGUCCCAUUGUAGGAAUUUUAAAGAAUGUAUUUGUAAAUUAUGGUGGAAAAUUAGUAUAUUAUUAGAUUAUUGUAUAGUAUAUUAUUAUAUUAUUAUAUGUAUACUAUAAUUCUUGUUUGGUGUGGGUUCACAGUGUGGCGCAUAUUAGUAAGAGCGAUAAAGUUGUUUAAACGGCCAUCCUCAGUGUGACCUGUAUUGAUGUUGAAGAAGUAUGCCUUGCAGUCUCUGAUGUGUGUCUGCAAUAGCCUCAUCAGACAGUUCUUUGGGGUGGCAAGCUAUUUGUACAAGCAGUAGAGGGCGCUAGCGGUGGUGCCAUCGCCCUUAAUAUUAUUCGAGAGAAUAAUUACUCUGAAAUUCGGGAGUCUCCCGGGAUAAUUGGGAGGGUUGGCAGGUGUGAUGCUGUUAAGCGGCAUUCAUAUAUACUGUAACUUGCGGGACGCACUAACAUUAAAUUUUCAUAUUAAGGUUUGGGCCCCGUGUUUGAGAACCCUGGUUUUAUACAUAGCACAAAGCAAAAAAAAACUCUGUAUGCAGUAUUAUUUAAUUAUAAAUUUCAAAAGAGUUAUGUGUCUCCCAUUAUUUUCUUUACUUUGUGAAACGGGUCAAAAUGGCUCUUUGAGUGGUAAAGGUUGCCGACCCCUGGUAUACAUACAUAUACAUAUACAUACACAUACAUACACAAACAUACAUAUACAUCCACUUCCACAUACAUAUACAUUCACAAAUACAUACACAUACAUAAAUACACAUAUACGUAUACAUACAUAUACGUAUACAUAUAUGCAUUAUUAUACAUAUAUGUAUACAUACAUAUACCAUACUUGCCAACCCUUCCGGAUUUUCCGGGAGACUCCCAAAAUUCAGCGCCUCUCCCGAAAACCUCCCGGGACAAAUUUUUUUCCCGAAAAUCUCCCGAAAUUCACGUGGAGCCGGACGCCACGCCCCCCAACUUUGAGUCAGACCUGACUCAAUGUUGUGACCCUCUUAAACAGGACAAUACUGCCAUGCACUGUACAUAAAAUAGAAUGUAAAUAUAUUCUACAUUUGUUCUGAAGCCCACAGUAAAGAGACGUAACUUCAUCACGUCACCUGGUUAUUGACUCCAACCGAAUAUAUUACACUGUCGACGGGCAAAAUGAAGAAAUACGCUUGCAAGUUCCAGAACAAUUGGAAACAAGAAUUGAUGGGGAAGGGGUAUAAUAUGUUGCCUGUAAGUUUUGUAGAACAGACUUCUCCAUUGAACACGGCGGCCGAACGGAUAUUCAGCCAUGAACGGUCAGCGAAGCAUAAAGCGUCUGCAGCGCAGCGUCAUUCACAACCCAGUAUUAUGGCCCACCUCACAAAAUGAAGACCCGAUGGUGUAUCUUAUGCUGAGACAAAGAUGGCUAUGCUGAUAGCUGGAAGCAACAUCCCGUUCUCAUUUGCGGAUGUCUACAACAAAUCCGUGAAGUUCCCGGAUUCGGAGAUCGCUCGCCAAUACCGUCGGAAAUUCAACUAUUUCUUUUAUUUAUAUAUAUAUAAUGAAAUAAAUAUAUACAGCUAGAAUUCACUGGAAGUCAAGUAUUUCAUAUAUAU